AAUUUGUCAUUUGACAUAUGUCAGCUGACUAUUUCCGAGCUCUGCCUUUAUUAACAUAGUUAUUGAUCAAAAAGUGGAAAAUGGCUUUACAUUCAGCAAGAGGAAAAUUAAUAUCGGUUAUUGGUGAUGAAGACACCUGUGUUGGUUUUCUGCUGGGCGGAGUUGGUGAAAUCAACAAGAACCGUCACGCCAAUUUUAUGGUCGUCGACAAAAAUACGCCAGUAAGUGAGGUCGAGGAUUGCUUUAGGCGUUUUGUAAAGCGCGAUGAUAUAGAUAUUAUUUUAAUCAAUCAGAAUAUCGCUGAACUUAUCCGUCACGUGAUUGAUGCACACACCUCGCCAGUACCAGCUGUACUGGAAAUUCCAUCAAAGGAUCAUCCAUAUGACGCUAGUAAAGAUUCGAUUCUGAGACGUGCCAGAGGCAUGUUCAAUCCUGAAGAUUUAAACUAAAUAAUAAAGAUAAUUAUAAAAGAUAAUUGUAAAGGAAAACUUUUCAUUCUAAACCCAGUAUUCCAAAACUUUUUGUUUUUAUUAAUGUUGUUAUAAGUUCUUGAGAAUAUAAUUAAAUGCAAUAAAAUUUGUGACCGGAAAUGGCA